UGGUGCAACUUGAAUUUGGUAACUCAUUAACAGCUUUGAGAAGGACCGCCCGAUCAUAUCUCUUCAAAAUGUUGGCCGCUUGAUGGAAUUGAAAUUAUGAGACAAGACCUUCACAUCUUGAUAUGUUGGAUAUGCCAAGUAUUAUCAAUAACCUCAAGCAUCUAUCUAGGACAUUGGUGUUUCAUCGUAUAUGCUCUUUUUGCCUUGGAUUUUAAUGUGAUUAACAUUGUUCGCCUCAGAGUGUAGCCUACAUGUAUCUAGAAAUAAGGAUUUGAGGAUUCAAUUUACAUGUGAUGGAUUUAUAAGCGGCUUUUAUUCAACAUUAAUUUUAGUCAAUUUUCUUGUUUAAUACGAAGUUUUCUGGAAUAGACUGUGAGGGAUUGCAUGGAAUUUUGUUUAAAUGGUACGCGUUUAUAACUCUUCAUUAAAUCCUCUCAGCCUGUGGAUGAAUGCGUUAACUCUGGGUAUCAACAACGUUUCAGUUACAUGACUUCAGCAGUCCCCAACAUGGCUUCUGAAGUUUUGGUCAGCUCUACAACAAGGCCAGAGCCCAGAUGUGUCGGUUACCUGUGCCUAACCGAAAGCCAAAUCAUAGGCUUCUUUGUCUUUGAUAUUGUAAUAGCUGUGGUCAUACUGAUUGGCAAUACACUGGUCAUACUCAGUGUCGCCAGGACGCCCUCACUUCGCUCUCAGAACAACAUCUUUCUAGCCAGUCUAGCCGUCGUCGAUUUCCUGCUCGCUACCAUCUGCAUACCUCUCGACAUCGUCGUCGGAUUGGGGUUCAAGCCCGACGUCUCGCCGUGGGCCUGCUUAACCUUGAGCGCCGUCAUCGGCACCAUGGUGUUUCUCACCAUCUUGCACAUCACCGUGGUCGCCUUUGAUCGAUUUCUCGCCAUCACAUCGCCGUUCACGUACCAGCAGACGAUGACGAACGGUCGGGUAGCAUGUUUUAUCGCUGGCAUUUGGUUGAUAACCUUGGUGCUUAGCUCCACCGCUUUCGCGUGGAAUAACGUUCAUGAAUUCUACUACACCGCCUGCGAUCUCCUCUACAUCCAGGGCAAGGGAUAUCGUAUCAUGAUCGUCGUGCUCAUCAUGUUUGUACCGCUUACGCUGAUGUCCUAUUGGUACUUUCGCAUCUACCGCGUCGCCCGUAGUCAUCGACGUCGGAUAGCCGCGCUCGAGCGCGUUCUUGAAACAAAAGCAUUCGCUCGGGCCAAAUACGCUACAACGCUCAAAAAAGACUUGAAAGCCGCCGUCACGCUUAUGCUCGUAUUCGGCCUCUUCAUCAUCGGAUGGCUGCCGGCAUCGUUUAUGACCAUUAUUGACGUCAUCGUCCCCGACGUCCGUCUAGACGAGAUAUACAUCUACGAGCUCAUCUGUUUCAAAAUCGCCUUCUCGAAUAGUGCAAUUAACCCGAUGAUUUAUGCGGCGAGGAGCAUGGAUUUUCGGCGGGCAUUUGCUCGACAGCUAGGCCUGGUUUUCAGGUGUGCAUGUUGGACCAAACUGACUUCAAAAAGGCCCGAUUCCAGAGUAACUGACAUCAAUCGAGAAGUUUCUGCUACCACACUUUCGUCGACGAUUAGACUGAAUUAAAGCAAAACACAAAGCAACAUAGUCAUAAUGAUUUCCUUUUAAAUGUAUGUGCAGAUUCAUUAUUUCGACUGAAGUAUGCGACGUCUUUCUUUCAUUUGUGAUGUGAACAGUGGUUAAAAGGCAAGAGUCAAGCGCAUUGUGCACCGUUAUGCCUGAUUUCAAUAUAUGCAAACAUUGAUUCAUUAAACAUCUUUUUCAAAAAA